UUAACAAUAUUUUAUGCAUCUCUUCUGUGGGCUAACUCUGAGUGUCAAAGAAGGGAAAUAGAGAUAUCGGCUGACAAUCAGCGCAAAGUCUUAGGCAAUGCAUUGUUUUUGGUUCGCAUACCAGCCAUGAGUUUAGAAGACUUUGCUAACGGACCCGCGCAGAGCGGACUUCUCACACUCCAGGAAACUACUGAUAUAUUCCUCAACUAUACGGCUGCUGUCAAACCUAUACUUGAGUUUCCAACCAAAGCUCGUCUCGGACUCAAAGUCCAGAUCUGUCAUCGCUUCCAAUCGUCUGCCUAUCGGAGCAAUCAAUGGAGAUAUAGAGGACGCUGUGAUUCCAUACAAUUUAGUGUCGAUAAGCGUAUAUUUGUGGUGGGAUUCGGUCUCUACGGGUCGUCGAACGGCGCCGCAGACUAUAAGAACGGGAAAAUCACACGAAAUAUUGGCCGAAAAUUUAGUGUCGAUAAGCGUAUAUUUGUGGUGGGAUUCGGUCUCUACGGGUCGUCGAACGGCGCCGCAGACUAUAAGGUGAAGAUAGAGUUGAAAAGAACGGGAAAAUCACACGAAAUAUUGGCCGAAAAUCACACGAAAUUCUUCUCCGAUGGUUCGAGCAAUACAUUCAACGUCUACUUCGAGCACCCGAUUCAGAUCGAAGCGGACACCUUCUACACGGCUUCGGCCGUAUUGGACGGCCAGGAGCUGAGCUAUUUCGGUCAGGACGGGCUCACCGAAGUGACCAUCAAUGCGAACGUGACCUUCCAGUUCCAGUGCAGUUCCGACAGCACUAAUGGCACCGGCGUUCAGGGCGGACAGAUCCCAGAGAUCAUCUUCUAUGGACCAAUGGCUCACUCUUAG